GGUAUUAUCUUGUAAAUUACCUUGACUUUUGUGAUUAACCUGUCAUCUGUCAGCUUCUUGUUCUCGCACUGUACUUUGACCCAUAGAAAUAAAUAUGAAUUAAAAAAGAGUGUAACGUGAUAAAGAUUGAAGAAAUUAAUAUAUUGUGAAAUUCUUAUUUUAAAGAAGAACAUGGGUAACAGAUCGAGUUUACUUUUACGGGAAGAGGAAAUAGCACAAAUCCAGGAGGCCACAGGAUUUACACCAAAUCAAAUUGAACGAUUGUAUAGUCGUUUCACAAGUCUUGACCGUGGAGAUUGUGGCACAUUAAGUCGGGAGGAUUUCCUUAGAAUUCCAGAAUUGGCAAUAAAUCCAUUAGGUGAAAGAAUUGUGAAUGCAUUUUUUGAAGAAAGUGGAAAUGACAGGGUUAAUUUUCUACAGUUCAUGCAAGUUCUAGCUCACUUUAGGCCCAUUAAGAAAAAUAGUCCUAAUAGGUUGAAUUCCAGGCAACAGAAGUUGAAGUUUGCUUUUAAAAUGUAUGACUUGGAUAAUGAUGAUUUAAUAUCAAAAGAUGAACUUUUGGCUAUUUUACAUAUGAUGGUUGGAGCAAAUAUUAGUGAGGAACAGUUAACUAGUAUCGCAGAGAGAACUAUAUUAGAAGCUGAUGAGAAUGGUGAUGGAAUGAUAUCAUUUAAAGAGUUCUGUAAGGCACUAGAACGAACAGAUGUGGAACAAAAGAUGUCUAUCAGAUUUCUUAGCUAAUUUACUUCACUGUUUCUUAUAAUAAAGCACAAUUUGCUGAUGAGUUGGAAAGAUGUACUAAAACUUAUCAAUUAAUAAUAGUGAAAAGGAAAUA